UCUGAAAAUUGAUUUAUCUUUAGCUCUCCAGCAAGAAUUAAGAAACCCUUGGCCGGACUCUCCAUUUUGAUGCUAAUUCGACAUACUUGAGAAAUCAAUAAAUUCAUAAAGAAUUGAAACCAAAAAAGUGUGGUGAUGGAGGAUUUUGAGAAGAAGGUGUCCAUAUCAGAACCUGAGACCAGCACCAUGGAGAUUCAAGUUGAAGAUGAAAAUGGGUCAGAAACUAAUAGAGCCUCAAAGACAAUAACAUCGUUGCUCCGUAGAUUCCUCGCUGUUCAGCAGCGCCGAGCUCUCGCUUAUGCCCGCCUUAAACGGGGAUUUGAAGAUUACAUGGUUUCAGGGGGUGAAUUAGCGUACCAGCAGCUGUGCAGUGAGAUAACUCUUGAAUUCAAUGAUUGUUCAAAACAGGUACUUGAAAUGGAAUCUCUAUUCGUUAGUCCUGAUUGUUGCAGAGAGGAUCUAGCUCGCUUGCUCAGAUCAGUUCAAGCACAAGAAAAGGAGAAAUUGCAUUUGACGGCUACAAUUCAAGUGCUGAAGAAGGCUGGUCGUCCCUCAGAACGUUUGGUCAGCCAUGAGAACUGCAGAUUUAGGCAGUCCACAGGACAUGAAUGCGUGCACAUCCAGCAAAUAACUGAAGCUUCAGGGACAGAAGAGGCUGAAGCUGAUGCACAGUAUGAUAAUGCUCUCAAAGAAGCCAUUAGAGGUGUGCAGCAUGCAGUGAUAGCCAUAAACGAGUACUUGGAAGAAGUCAGGUAUGAGAUUGCCGCUCUAGCAGCUGAUUAAAUCCCCCUAUUUAAGCGGAAUAUGCAUAACAUCUCCUCUCCUCUAUGAGAUGCUUUUCUUCAAGACAGUUAGUGUAUAUUUACCAAUUUACUAUACGUACGGAGGUCUGAAUUCCGUGCAUUUACUGAUGGUCGUUAACCUACAAAAUAAGGCAAAGGCCUUAACUUCUAUUGCUCCCUUCCAAUUGAUUACAUUGCAAGUUGUAUUUGUGCCAGUUAAGUCAAAAAUGAAACAGAUGGUUACAUACAAUCCUUAUUAUUCUGAUGGGAUGGCAACAUACCUGGUUCGACAUAGACUCCAGCCUGGACCUAUCCUGCUUGGGGUGGGUUUGAAGUUUUAAUCGGGUCCCAAGAUGGGUCUUUGAUUUUGGUGUUUUGGAGGCCGGAUCUAGCCCUACCCCUGCACUUUUUAUAUUGUGUUUUCUAUAUUUUUCAUAUUAUGUAUAUAUAAUGAUAUGAUGUAUAUUUACACAUGUAUUAAAAAUGUGGUUAUUCUGUUU